UUGUGGCGGACGUAGCGAAGAGGAGCGCGGCGCUGCUAUGGCGGAAUCAUCAGAGUCCUUCACUGUGGUGUCCAGCCCGGCCCGGCGCCACCGAGGCACUGACCCUCUCACCUCCAGCCCUGGCCGUAGCUCCCGGCGCACUGACGCCCUGACCUCUAGCCCUGGCAGAGACCUUCCUCCCUUUGAGGAUGAGUCCGAGGGGCUGCUAGGCACCGAGGGGCCCUUGGAGGAGGAAGAAGAUGGAGAGGAGCUUAUCGGAGAUGGCAUGGAGAGGGACUACCGUGCCAUCCCAGAGCUGGACACCUAUGAGGCCGAGGGGUUGGCUCUGGAUGACGAGGACGUGGAGGAAUUGACUGCCAGUCAGAGGGAGGCUGCAGAACGGGCCAUGCGGCAGCGGGACCGGGAGGCUGGCCGGGGCCUGGGCCGUAUGCGCCGCGGGCUGCUGUAUGACAGUGAUGAUGAGGAUGAGGAGCGCCCCACCCGGAAACGCCGCCUAGUGGAGCGGGCCACGGAGGACGGCGAGGAGGAUGAGGAGAUGAUCGAGAGCAUAGAGAACUUGGAGGACCUGAAGGGCCACUCUGUGCGUGAGUGGGUGAGCAUGGCAGGUCCCCGGCUGGAGAUCCAUCACCGGUUCAAGAACUUUCUGCGCACCCACGUGGACGGGCACGGCCACAACGUCUUCAAGGAGCGCAUCAGCGACAUGUGCAAAGAGAACCGCGAGAGCCUGGUGGUGAACUAUGAGGACCUGGCAGCCAGGGAGCAUGUGCUGGCUUACUUCCUGCCAGAGGCGCCAGCAGAGCUGCUGCAGAUCUUUGAUGAGGCUGCCUUGGAGGUGGUGUUGGCCAUGUACCCCAAGUAUGACCGCAUCGCUAGCCACAUCCACGUCCGCAUCUCCCACCUGCCCCUGGUAGAGGAACUGCGCUCGCUGAGACAGUUGCACCUGAAUCAGCUGAUCCGCACCAGUGGGGUGGUGACCAGCUGCACAGGCGUCCUGCCUCAGCUCAGCCUGGUCAAGUAUAACUGCAACAAGUGCAACUUUGUCCUGGGACCUUUCUGCCAGUCACAGAACCAGGAGGUGAAGCCAGGCUCCUGUCCUGAGUGCCAGUCAGCUGGCCCCUUCGAAGUCAACAUGGAAGAGACCAUCUAUCAGAAUUACCAGCGCAUCCGAAUUCAGGAGAGCCCAGGCAAGGUGGCGGCUGGCCGGCUGCCCCGCUCCAAGGAUGCUAUUCUCCUUGCAGAUCUGGUGGACAGCUGCAAACCAGGAGACGAGAUAGAGCUGACUGGCAUCUACCACAACAACUACGAUGGCUCCCUCAACACUGCCCAUGGCUUCCCCGUCUUUGCCACUGUCAUUCUGGCCAACCACGUGGCCAAGAAGGACAAUAAGGUGGCCAUAGGGGAACUGACCGACGAGGAUGUGAAGAUGAUCACCAGCCUCUCCAAGGAUCAGCAGAUUGGGGAGAAGGCAGGUGGUAAGCACAAGGUACGAGGUGAUAUCAAUGUGCUACUGUGUGGAGAUCCUGGCACAGCUAAGUCUCAGUUUCUCAAAUACAUUGAGAAAGUGUCGAGCCGAGCCAUCUUCACCACUGGCCAGGGGGCUUCGGCAGUAGGCCUCACGGCGUAUGUCCAGCGGCAUCCUGUCAGCAGGGAAUGGACCUUAGAAGCUGGAGCCCUGGUUCUGGCUGAUCGAGGAGUGUGUCUCAUUGAUGAGUUUGACAAGAUGAACGACCAGGACAGAACCAGCAUCCAUGAGGCUAUGGAACAACAAAGUAUCUCCAUUUCGAAGGCCGGUAUCGUCACCUCCCUGCAGGCUCGCUGCACUGUGAUUGCUGCUGCCAACCCCAUAGGUCACUGAGAGCUAACUUACAGCCUGACCUCCGGCCUCGUUUCUCAGGAUGAGAUGCUGGCCCGCUUUGUGGUGGGCAGCCAUGUCAGACACCACCCCAGCAAUAAGGAGGAGGAGGGGCUGGUCAACAACAGCACCCUGGAGCCCGCCAUGCCCAACACAUACGGAGUGGAACCUUUACCCCAGGAGGUCCUGAAGAAGUACAUUAUCUAUGCCAAGGAGAAGGUCCACCCAAAGCUCAACCAGAUGGAUCAGGACAAGGUGGCCAAGAUGUACAGUGAUCUGAGGAAAGAAUCUAUGGCAACAGGCAGCAUCCCUAUUACAGUGCGGCACAUCGAGUCUAUGAUCCGCAUGGCAGAGGCCCAUGCGCGCAUCCACCUGCGGGACUACGUGAUAGAGGACGAUGUCAACAUGGCCAUUCGUGUGAUGCUAGAGAGCUUCAUCGACACGCAGAAGUUCAGUGUCAUGCGCAGCAUGCGAAAGACAUUUGCCCGCUAUCUUUCAUUCCGGCGUGAUAACAAUGAGCUGUUGCUCUUCAUAUUGAAACAGUUAGUGGCAGAGCAGGUGACAUAUCAACGCAACCGCUUUGGGGCCCAGCAGGACACUAUUGAAGUGCCUGAAAAGGACUUGGUGGACAAGGCUCGUCAGAUCAACAUCCACAACCUCUCAGCUUUUUAUGACAGUGAACUCUUUAGGAUGAACAAGUUCAGCUAUGACCUGAAACGAAAAAUGAUCCUUCAGCAGUUCUAGGGCCCUGGGCCAUCAGAGUAACUAACUGUGCCUUCUGGUUUGGGAAGGCAGAACCGAGUGCUCAGUUCACUUUGUGCUUUCUAAACCCAACACCAGCCGACUGAGGACUUGGAAGUAUGGUCGGGCAGGGUUUGGAGUUGAAUCACCUGGCUUUGCCCACAGACUCCUGGGCUAAGGCUAUGACUGGUAUUUAUUUCUUUUGCUCCAUUUUCUGCUUGUCUUGCCUUCUCAGUUGAGCACACUUUUCUUUUUCAGCUGCUCAACAGCCUGUCAGCUACAAGUGGUUUGCCUCUGCUUAGUACCUUGGAUCAGAAUUAUUUGUGUUCAGGAUACCCAUGAUAGAAGGUGUGACAUACUCAGGUGAGGUAUGUCUCAGGUGACUGAGCAUAUAAGGGUGUUCAGAGAACUCUUGCCCCCUUGGCAUGAGUUCCAUGCCCAGGCUGCUUCUGUACCUUUGACCUGAGAGCAGGUUAAAGAUAUUUGUAUGUAGUCUUUUUCCAAACUCUGUCCAGGAGGUCUCUCUAAGCUACAGUGAGUAGAGAAGACGUGUAGGCUGCAUACAGGAGAGACCACAGCCUGGUCAAUAGUCAACUGCUAUCUGUAAUGACAUAGUUUGUCUUCCCCCAUAGAUGGAUGAGAGGAGCUGGAUAUGGUCUGAUAGCCACAAGUAUGAGUCAUCAUUGCUGUGUGUAUCUAUUUUCUACCUAAUCAUUUCUCCAUUCUCUUGUACAUUCAAUUUUUUUUUCUGUAGUUUUAAUUUUUAAUAAAGUUGAAUAAAAUCCAGCUACUGACAUCUGUUGGUCUCGAUUUUAUUUUAAUAUCAUAGCCCAGGCUUCCCUGGACUUCCUUGGAAGAACCCUUUCCCUCUUCUGCUUUUGGAGGUAGCUCAGGCAGAAGAACUGUU